AACAAAAACCACUCUAUUUUUUUUUUUUUUCAUUUAGUUUAUUUUCCCAAAAGAGAAAUAUCCCGAACGCGCCAUUUCCAGUUUCUUCAUCGCUCACAUUCCUCCUUAGCGAUGAUGCAACUGAGUGAUGCAAUUGCAACCAAUUCAACCACCCUGAGUUAUUGGUUAAAUUGGAGGGUUUAUCUAUGUGUAUUAUCUGUUUUGCUAUGUAUGGUUCUUGCAUCUUUUACCAUCUGGAAGCGUGAGAGUUCAAGGAACCUCACAUUUGACAAACGAGAAAACCAGCACGACAGGGAUUUGUGUGGUGAUGAAGUAUGGAAGCCAUGCCUUAAAAACAUUCAUCCUGUUUGUUUGCUAGCUUUUCGAGUUGUUUCAUUCUCUUAUCUUUUGGCGUGCCUAAUUGCCAAACUUCAUGUCACCCGUGGCGUAACAUUUCACUAUUACACUCAGUGGACCUUCACUCUGAUUACAAUUUAUUUUGGGUGUGGAUCUAUGCUAUCAGUUUAUGGGUGUUAUAUGUAUAGAAAAUCAACAGACACCAAUAUUAAUGAUAAUAUUACUAGAAUCGAUGCAGAGCAAGGUCCAGAAUUGCCUCUCUUAUACCAGGAUGCCACAAAUGUAUCUAGAACGGAGCGCCUAGCUGAUUCUCACAAUAACAUACAAAAGAAUCAAAUUGCACCCGUCUGGAGUUACAUUUUUCAUAUUUUAUUCCAGAUUAGUGCAGGAGCCGUCAUGUUUACGGAUUGCAUUUAUUGGCUCAUUAUAUUUCCAUUCCUUACCCUGAGAGAUUAUGAUUUCAACUUUAUGACAGUGAACAUGCAUACAGUAAAUUUUGUAUUGCUCUUUGGCGAUGCUGUUUUAAAUUGCAUGCGAAUACCUUGGUAUGGGAUGUCUUUCUUUGUGUUAUGGACAGGUGUUUACGUAAUUUUUCAGUGGAUAGUUCAUGCCUGCAUCUCAAUUUGGUGGCCUUACCCAUUUCUUGAUUUGGCAUCACCUUAUGCACCCUUCUGGUACUUGAUGCUGGCAUUAAUGCAUAUUCCAUGUUAUGGCUUCUUUAUGCUGAUUCUAGAAAUGAAACAUUAUUUCUUAUCCAAAUGGUUCCCAUCCUCGUAUCAGUGCUAAAGGUUGAAUGGUAUCAUAGUCGGAUUCGAUCUUAUGCAGUGAAGCCUGUCAAAACCGGAUUCACUCUCUUAACUGUUAAAAGUGUUGAAAUCUGGUCUGAUGUCGGAUAAUCAGAAUGCUCAUCUGCCCAUGAGUCACAACUCACCACUCAUUGCUGUGUUCUUGUGUUCAAUGUCACUUGUGUCAACUGAGACUGAGUUAUUACUGAAAUCCCUUGCUAAAAUAGUUUUUAGCAAGAGAUGUCAUGCUAAAAAUUACAUGUGUACAAUGAAAAUAGCUUGAGAAAAUAGUUUUCUUAAAGAUAAUUGAGACAUCUCUGUAUCCUUACCCAUUUCACAUUUUGGGAUGUUAAUAUGGCUAAACAGAAGAACAUGCAGCAGUUGUAUAUAUAGCAUUGUAAUCUUGCUUUCCUUUUAA